CCUCUUGGUUCCUGUCGGCCAAGACCAUCCUCUGCUGCUGCCGCAACAACGUGGUACAACCAUCUUGUUUACCCCGCUCCUCAAGAUGCCACAAUUGCCAUUCGACCCUCUCGCGGCAGUAAGCGGUGCUGCGUCUGCUAAGCAACGACCUCAAUGGGGCGCCAUCCCACGCGUCCGGGGCAGCUGUUACUUGGUAUAUUACUGUUCAGGGCAUGGAUAUGGCCACGCUACACGAGUGUCCGCCUUCGCGCGCCAUCUGCUCAGUCUUGACCCGCGGCCCACUGUGCACAUCGUCUCGUCAGCACCGAAGCAGGUGUUCGCUGAUAGUAUAGCUGCAGGCGUGUCAUACAGGAACGCAGAUAUCGACCCUGUGAUCGUCCAACCAUUGGCGUAUCGAGUCGAUCGCCAGAAGAGCGUAGAGGCGCUCAAGUCUUUCCUGAGUAAGAAGGACCGCAAAGUCCUCGAAGAGUCACACUGGUUGAGGGACAUAGGCGCGGAUUGCGUUCUCAGCGACGCUGCAUUCCUUGGAUGCCUGGCCGCUCAUCAAGCUGGGAUACCCUCUGUGCUGAUAAGCAAUUUCUCCUUCGACUCGGUGUACAGCUACCUGUCCACUCCAUAUAUCGAUGCACCUCCUACGCCAGAACCAGAGCUCUUUGACAGUCUCCCUACACAAGCGGCUAUGACUCUUCCACCGGAUAUCCCAAUUCCUCAAGAGAUCUUGGCACCUCUAGUAGACGAGAUCUUAGCCGGCUUCCGCUGUGCCGACCUGCUUCUCCGCUUACCUGGGGCUAUCCCUAUGCCGUCGUUCUCCAUCGAACCUGGACUGCCAUCUCCAAACUGGGUCGACCUCAAUACACGGAUGUUCACUGAGGAGGUCGCCAUGCAUCUCGAACAGUCCCCGUCAUCCUAUGCACUUCAUCCAAGCUUAGACUUUCUGGAGCAACACGAUGGUCACAAACCUCUCCCUCGUGCCGCCCUCUCUGCCCCGCUGCUAGUGCGCUCGCCAAGUCCCACUGUCUAUACUGCCGAGGGCCGCAGGCGUCUCCUCAACAGCGUUGGCGUACCUCCGUAUCUGCACAACCCUGACAAGACCAAGAUCCUGAUAGUCUCUUUCGGGGGCCAAGUCUUCUACAAGCCUUGUAGUCGUGCCCACAGUCGCUCUCCCUCACGCGUAGGCACCCCUGGGGCAUUCGCAACAGCUAUGACGAAGUCGCUCAACGGAAUUCCGCGCGAGGUUGCACUCUCCAAGCCGUCUGACAUGUCGAAGGAGUACUUCCCUGAUCCAGAUCGGCUCGCUACACUUCUGCGAUCUUCUUCUCUCUCUGAAGGUCCUCCCUCUGUUGUAGCGUCUCCGGGCCUUCCUCCUCCCAAACCGGUGACUAUGGCUCGCACUUCGCCGCUGAAAAUCCCUGGUGCACCGCCUGUCGCAGUACCCACGUCUCCGUUGGGCAAGUCUUCUAGAAGGGUGUCCCUCCCAAUGCUGCAAAUGAUCCCUCCCUCUCCUUUGUUAACUCAGGAGGCUAAGGCCCAAGACGAUUAUCCUGGCUGGUCAUCUGCGCCGGAAGAUGAAUUCGAGGAAGAGCUUCCUUGCCUGCUCCCAGACGAAAGUUGGAUCGCUAUCGUCUGCGGCGUGUCGAAGGAGUGGGGUCGCGAGGAUGGCGAAGAGCUCCCUCCGGGCUUCUACGUCGCCCCGCGCGAUAUCUACAUGCCCGAUCUGACCGCGGUCGCAGAUGCCUUGUUGGGCAAACUGGGAUAUGGUACUGUUUCGGAGUGCGUCGACGCCUGCACGCCCUUCGUCUACGUGCCGCGGCCGCUGUUCAUCGAAGAGCACGGUCUCCGUUUGCUUCUCGGGUCCGAAGGCGUAGGGGUCGAGCUCUCAAGGAGUUGCUAUGAGAAGGGCGACUGGGCCGACGCUGUCCAGGAAGCAUACAUGCGAGGCAAAGACGCGAAAGCCAAGAAGCGACAGGAAGGAGAGACAGGAAAGAGACGGAAGGAAGGCAGAGAGAUGGCACGAGGACUGCUAGACUGGCUUGAUCGAUGGAAGGCCGGGGCACGCGCCAUGAGUUCCAGCCCUGCAGCUUAG